CCGUUGUACUCGUUUACUUUCCAUGCCAUACAUCAUCUGGUUAUUCUGAAAACGGACUAUUUUUGGCCGCGAUGGACGGCAAGGAACUCAAGGAACGAAAACGUUCUGACUAUGCCCACUUUCUAACAUAUCGGACUAGAUGGAGCGACAAUGACCAGUAUUCUCAUAUGAACAACGCAAUCUACUACCACCUCUUCGACUCCAUCAUCAACUCCUACCUUAUUUCGCACUGCGGGCUGUCCCCACAAUCUUCACAGCACAUCGGCCUCGUCGUCACGUCAUUCUGCAACUUCUACGCUCCAGUCUCCUUCCCUGCGGUCCUGGAGCUUGGUUUACGAGUGAACAAGCUGGGCAGUAGCUCUGUGAGUUACGAGGUGGGUGUGUUUGAGGACGGAGGUGAGCAGGUUAGCGCGGUUGGAGGAUACACACAUGUGUUUGUGGAGACUGGAAGUAGAAAAAGUGCGAAAAUGGGGAAGGAGAUGAGGAGUGGGCUAGAAAAGCUACUUGUGAAGGUAGAGGAAGGAUCCAAGUCAAAGCUAUGAUUUACCCCUAUCUGCAAAGCGAGGGCCACACCGACUGCAGCGGUGCCACAUAUACACGUAUCCAUGAAUUUGCAAUCGUU